UGUUGGAGCAUUUUUUUGCCAAAUACACCAUUUUGGUGUUUAAAAUUUUGCCAAAUACACCUGAAUCUUCUCAUCUCAAACUUGAGAUCUUGUUCUCUCCUUUUUGCCACUCCGUGAAUUACAUCUCAAUACACAAUGUUGCGUUUAUGGCUUGACGCAUCUGUGUUGAAUGCUGUUUUGGAUGCUGUUCAACCUACUUUAAACGAACGCAAUCCGGUUUUGAUUUUCUCCUCCAGCGGGUUCCGAUUGUAUGGCACCGAUCGCGAAAAAUUAACCAUUGUGAAUGCUGUUAUCAAUGCUCAGAAUGAUAUCAAAUCUAGUGAUCCUGACACUGGUUACAAUGACCGAAAGAUUACCAUGCGGUUGAAUAUGAAUCGUUUGACUGCAAUUUGCAGGGCUAAUUGCCCUGACUUCAUCUGCAUCGAGGUCAACCAAGGAGAGAAGACCAUCUCUUUCAAGGCCGGUAUGUUUUCAUUUUUGUACUCGAUUUGAUGUUGUUGUUGUUUGCUUGAUUGCUUGUGACUUUGCAGCUUUAGACGCGCCGCCCGCUACCUUGAAGUAUCUUGAGCUUCCGGACUCUUACAUCUGUAGGCCACAAGUUAUGGAAUUGGAUUAUCAUGCCACUGUGAAACUCCCAUCAACUAUGUUUACUAGGAUUAUCGGAGAGAUUUGCUGCACUGGUGGGUGUGGUAAGAUCGCUCGUAACGUAGAUCCCAGAUUGGGAGAAUCGGGAGCUUUAUCAGUUCCUGAUCCUGAACCUAGCAGCCUAGCGGAUGAUGAAUUGAUGAUAUCUGUGACCAAUGAAGGCAUUAAGUUCUCUAUCCGAGGUUAUUUUGUAUUUGUUAAGCGGGACGAAGCACUCUCCUUCAAGAUCAAACAACCGGUGUCCUUAACUCUUGAAGCUGACCUUGUGGAACGGUUAAUUUAUGCUAGUAUUCAGUCUGAGUCAGUAACCAUGCGUCUUUAUCCAGAGUUUCCUCUUCGGUUCCAAUUCAGAAUUGAUAAUGGGCAGAUGUACAUUGACAGCGGAAAUGCCCGUAUCGUGGGUACGAGAGAGUGCACAUUUGGGCAUCAGAAGUAUACAGUGCAGGCCAUAUGUGACGAUGGGCCCAGUAUAAAAAAUCCAGAGGCGAAAAAGGAUGUAGUGUGUUUUGAUGUGGCAGUGAUACCUGAUUCUGGUAAAAGUUACUGUAGAAUAUAUAGUUGAUAUGAAAUGUCUGUAAGAGGCCUAUCUCUUUCUGUUCACUACAAUAUUUUAAUUAUGUAACAAUAUUACAGGAAGGGUUAGAAGCUUCGGUAUGAAAAGUACUCCCUCCGUCCCGGAAUUAAUUUCAUUUUUUCUUUUUUGGUCCGUCCCAAAUUUAUCUCCUUUUUCCUUUUUUGGUAACGAAUAUGUGGUUCACAAUCAUUCUUACACAUUUCUCUCUCCUCUGCAUAACUCUCCACCACACAAAUCUCACUAUCUUAAACCCCGUGCCCGGUCAAAACCGGAAUUAAAUAUGGGACGGAGGGAGUAACUGUUAUAGUUACUUUAGAAGACUUCGUUUGAGAUUGAUGUUUUGGUAUAACAAUGUUGUUCUCCUGAAACAGUCUAGAAGAAUCAUUGCUAGUAGUACGUUUGGGAUUACUGUUAUAGUUAAAGACAUCUAGCUCGUCAUUAAUUUGACUUUCCAUAAUCCUGCUCUUGUACCUAAAUUGCAUGAAUUAG